GUAUGCACGGAUGGUGCUGCUGCAAUGGUUGGGAUAAUAAAAGGUGUAAUAACCAGAAUUAAAGAGGUAGCUCCAAAAUGUAAUAACAGCCACUGUGUUUUACAUCGCCAUGCGUUAGCAAUCAAGAAACUUUCGCCAAAUCUUAAAUCAGUACUAGACGUAGCUGAUCAGUGUGUGAACUUUAUAAAAUCACGCCCCUUAAAAACAAGGCUGUUCAAGAAGCUCUGUGAGGAAAUGGGAAGUGACCAUCAGAAUCUUCUUUUACGUACAGAAAUCAGGUGGUUGUCCAGAGGCAAAGUUUUAACAAGACUUUUUGAAAUGCGAGAUGAGGUAAAAAUUUUUCUGAAGGAGCAUACGAAAACAAAUCUUUUUGAAGGGUUUCAUGAUGAGAAUUGGCUCAUAAAGUUAGCUUAUCUCUCUGAUAUUUUCAACAAGUUAAACGAAACAAACUUGGGUUUACAAGGAAAAGAAACUUCGAUCUUUCAAGCCAAUGACAAGAUUAAAGUUCUCAUUGGCAAGUUGGAUUUUUGGGUCGAAUGUGUACAAGAAAAUGAUUUUUCAUGUUUCUCCAACUUGAAUAAAUUCUUAUAUGAAAAUGAGAGCUCAGUGACACCGAUAAAUACAGAAGAAAUAAAAGACCAUUUAAUCAAUUUAAAAUCCGGAUUACUUUCCCACUUUCCAAGAAUAAACGAAGAUUCUGAUAAUUUGUGGGUACAAAAUCCAUUUUUAAUUCAGAAAAAGCCAAAAGAACUAUCAUCCAUUGAAUACGAAAAUUUGCUUGAAGUAAAAUCUUCAUCUGAAUUAAAAAUCAAGUUCGAGUCACUUACAAUUGAGGAGUUCUGGAUCGCCAUGGAAAGUGAUUACGAACAAUUGUCCAUAAAGGCUAUCACCGUUUUAUUGCCGUUUACAACUUCCUACUUGUGUGAAACUGGCUUUUCAGCGUAUACAAAGACCAAGAAUAAGUUUCGAAAUCAACUGAACGCGGCUCCGGACCUACGAAUCCAACUUUCAGGAAUAACUCCAGAUUUAAAAACAAUUAUGAAGAAAACUGUAGAAAGAUUCCAAUCUUCUCAUUAAAUCUAUUUUAGAGUAAUA